UUGCGGUAGGUAGUAGGCGGCCAGCUGUGUACAUUCUUGAUUUCCGAAAACGUAUUUUCGCACUUUCACUAUAUUUUAUUUAUUCGGAGUGUCAAAUAUCCUAUAUUAUUAGCAAGGUAUCGUCUCAUGAACCUGUAUGAAUAGCGGGAACAUAUGUGUUUUAUUAAGCAGUGAUUUUUUUGGACUGGGUCAGUUUUUGUGUGCAAAUUUGAUCCAGUUUUUGGCGCAAGUUUACCAAAAUUCUCCACUGGAUGGUCUUAAAGGUAACGAUACACAGUACAGUGUGUUCUAUAGCGACGGGUACAUGUGACAAACAUAAGAACAAAUCGAUUAAUAGCAUACAAUUCCAAGGUUAAAAUGGAAGCGUACAAAAACAUCGGGUGCGGGGACAUUCAAUGAGGACAAUGGGACACUUCCAUAGAGCCCCUUCCUUGCACAGAUUUCUUUCAAAGCAGUGCUCGAAUCGUGCGCCCGCGCAUCGCAUGCGUUGAUGGGCGGAGCGGGCGGCGGCCGGGCGGCGCGGGCGCUCCGCCUGCUGCUGCUGUUGGUGCUGGCGCUGGCCGCGGUCGAGUUCCUCUUCGGCUCCAUUCUCGACGCCUCGCCCCUACGCACCUACCUCUACACGCCUCUGCACAACGCUACUCAAUCUUCCCUCAAAAUCAGUGAUAAAACACUGCAAAUCUGGCCUAAGAAGUUUCCAUUCACUGCAACAGAAAACGCGACAAGAAAUUCUACACACAAAGCCGCAAUAAACAGUACAAUGCACAGGAAUUCUAGUAAAGAAGCAAUCAAUAUGACUCGCCAGAACUUGUUAGAUGAUACAAGCACACCACUAUUGAUCACGAAGAUUAUGGAUGGAAUCAAAAAUCUUGUAACCACUGAAGACGCGGAAUUCAAAAUGUCGGAACCUUCAAUGCCGCUUUGCGAUGAAAUGCCACCGGACUUAGGUCCCGUACUAGUUAACAAAACAGAAAUGGAACUAGAUGCAGUGGACAAAAAGUACCCUGAAGUACAACUCGGAGGGCGGUACUCGCCACCAAACUGUACUGCCAGGCAUAAAGUGGCAAUUAUUGUGCCAUUCAGAGAUCGCAAGCAGCAUUUAGCGAUAUUUUUAAACCAUAUGCAUCCUUUCCUGAUGAAGCAACAAAUGGAAUACGGCAUAUUCAUUAUUGAACAGGAAGGUAACAGCGACUUCAACCGCGCCAAGUUGAUGAACGUUGGUUUUGCGGAAAGCCAGAAGCAGAAGAACGGAGGAUGGCAGUGUUUCAUCUUCCACGACAUCGACCUCCUGCCUCUAGACUCUAGGAAUCUGUACUCCUGUCCCAGACAGCCGAGGCACAUGUCCGCUUCUAUUGAUAAACUUAAUUUCAAAUUACCAUACGAGGACAUUUUUGGCGGUGUGUCUGCCAUGACUGCGGAACAGUUUACCAAGGUCAAUGGUUUCUCCAAUAAGUAUUGGGGUUGGGGCGGAGAAGACGAUGAUAUGUUUUAUAGAUUAAAAAAGGUCAAUUACCAUAUAGCGAGGUACAAGAUGUCGAUUGCACGAUACGCGAUGCUAGAUCAUAAGAAAUCUGCACCUAAUCCUAAGAGGUACCAGCUCCUAUCCCAAACUAGCAAAACAUUCCAAAAGGACGGCCUAUCGACGCUCGAAUACGAGCUGGUACAGGUAACGCAACGCCAUCUGUACACGCACAUCUUAGCGAAUAUAGACGAGCGUAGCUGACGGAUGUAUCUCGCCAAGCUGUUGUUUGGCGAUAGGUAACGUCUGUUCAUAGACUGUCCUACUCACUGACCUCUAACCGCUGUACCCUUAGUACACAGGAAUGUCAAAGUAUAAUGGAUCUCAUACGAAUUGUUUUAAAGGUCAAUAUUCCUUUUUCAGCUAGGUCUUUUUGCAGAACGUUUGGAAAAUUAAUACUACAGGGUUUUCGUCUCUAAAAUGAGUGGCAUUAGGUCCGUUUUAAUUGCACGGUUAAUACGCGAAAACGACUCCUUGAUGGUGAGCGAGCAAAUAAUAUCGUAUUAAGGGUACAGCCUCAAAUUAUUGCCGCCAUUUUGGUGCUGUUCACGAGGGUUCAAGGAACUAUGAUUUAAUUUACUAUUUAUAUUAUUCGUUUCAGAGACAUUCAUAUGAUGCUCGUUUGAUGCUUAAAAUGGGGGCAAAAUGGGGACACAGUCUAAUGUGUUAUGAAUAGAGGUCAGUGGUGUUACUGCAGAUUUUUUAUGGUUCCAUUUUCUUUUUUUUUUAUUACGAUAUGUUUUCAUUUAUCGAGUCAACGGAUGAUAUUGAGGUGAUAGUGUUAAUAAUCGUCCGCUUAAAAAGCUGAGCGAAAGGAAUCAUGUCAAAGUUAAUUUCAGAUAACGUGUUUCAGAUAACUAACAAAACGAUCGGGUCAAAUAAAAAAUAAAUACCUAUUUUAGUUCUGCAUAGGUUUGCUUUUCUUACUCAUCAAUUUAUCUGUUAAGUUAAAUUAUUUUAUAUUAUAAUACGUUGGCAUUGUGUGGACACUACAUUAUUAUGACUGUGAUUCAAUUGAAGUUGCUUUCGCUCAGCAUUUUAAAUGGAUAGUAAAUUAAAUUUUUGUUAUUUUUAAAUUGAAUUCCUGGAUUACUUCUCAUUUUCGAGUUUUUUAUGAGUAAUCUAUAAGGAACAAUCAAUUGAUUAGUCAGACAAAACUCUUCUCAAAACUAAUAUGUAUUAAAUAAUUAAAAAAAAUUGGGACGCAGUAAAAUUUAUAUUCCUGCAGGAUACUGUACAAUUUCUAUCAGUAUGUAAGACGUCAUAAAAUGCCAAUCAUUAAUUCAACGAUUUUACU